AUCAAAUAAAUAUAACGUAGCGAUGUGUAGCUACUUAUAUUUUGCGCUAUACUCUUCUGCACGGUAUUCAUAAAAAUGAAUUUUUAUUUAAUAUUUUUCUCUUGUUUUAUUGUGCGAAGUUCUUUUUCUUCUGAAGUUCGUUAUGACAAUUACAAACUAUUGAAUGUCACUCCAAGUACUCUCCAGGCGGUUGAGGCUUUGCGAGAACUUGAGCGAUCAGCUUCACUAGGAUUUGAUUUUUGGAGUCAUACAGGACCUGUAGGACAACCAGUGGAGAUUAUGGUCUCCCCCGAUAGGGCAGAUGAGUUGCAGGAUAUAGUAAAAAGAAGAGAAAUGAGUUCAGCGAUGAUUAUAGAUAACGUUCAAAAACUAAUCGAUGCAGAGAGAAGCCCACGAACUCAAAAAGGAUUUGGAUGGACUCGUUAUAAUACGCUUGAUGAGAUCAAUAAUUGGAUCAAGAGUCUACCAGAACAGUAUCCUUCUAUAGUAAGCCUUAUUGAACUGAAUGGUACUUACGAAGGACGCCCAAUUGUGGGUGUAAAAGUUUCGUAUGGUUCCAGUAAAGAUAAAAAAUCUGUAUUCGUGGAGUCGAACAUUCACGCUCGCGAAUGGAUAUCGUCUGCAACAACAACAUACAUAUUGAAUGAGAUAUUGACAAGUACUAAUAGUUCUGUGCGCAAGUUAGCAGAAGAACAUAUCUGGUAUUUUUUCCCUGUGGUUAAUCCUGAUGGCUUUGUUUACUCACAGACAAGGGAUCGUAUGUGGCGAAAAACGCGCGUCCGAUAUAGUAGAUUUUGCGUUGGAGCCGAUCCUAAUAGAAACUGGGACUACUCUUGGAAUGUGAGAGGUGCUUCAAGCGAUAAUCCCUGUUCAGAACUGUAUCGUGGACCUAAACCCUUUUCUGAACCUUGCACUAAGACCUUAUCGGAAUUUAUUAAAACUGUUGGAAGUGAACUUGUAGCAUAUAUCAGUUUUCAUUCUUUUGCGCAAGUUCUGUUGAUACCUUACGGCCACACUCCACAGCAUUUAGAUAAUUAUGACCUUACGUACGACAUUGGAUUAAAAGCUGUUGAAGUAUUAGCUCAGCGUUAUGGAACGCGGUACAGGGUGGGCACAAUCUACGAUAUUAUGUACAUAGCAGCUGGAGGUAGUAUCGAGUGGGUUAAAGGUAUUUUCAAAACGCCCUUAGUGUACACAUAUGAACUUCGUGAUAAGGGAAGGUAUGGUUUUCUGCUUCCACCACAACAAAUCAUACCAACUUGUGAAGAAACAUUUGACUCAUUUGUAGCUAUUUUUCAAGAAUAUUACAAGGCAAUCAAAUCAUAAAUUUAAUUUUUAUGUUACAAGAAAUGUCGGGUUAAAA